AUGAAUCAAAACUACGUGCUCAUGUGGGUACUGGUAUUUUAUUUCUUUGGGUUUUUACCAUCCAACGGGUUAGCUAAAAAGCAAAUUGUAUUUUACACAAUGGAGUGCACUUUGAAAACCAAACAGUUCUCCAAGAUCAUCUGCCAGGUGGAUUCUCCAGUAUCUUUGACCGUGAAUGUUACCAUUGCUGAAAAGGAGCCAGCUCACAAUGUUCUGGCCAUUAUUGAGCUACAAGUCUUUCCCGAAGGACAUCGCAAAAUGAUGCGUUUAAAAAAUAUCCGUGUGGAGCUGUGUAACCUUAAGAAACUCAUUGACAAGAAAUCCCUGAUGGGCAUCUAUUAUAAAAGUUUACGAAGAGCAGCCGCCAACUUUCCCGACAAGUGUCCUUUUCAAAAGGUUAGCAUUUGA